CCAUUGCCUCCUGGACCUCCUGGAAUACCCGUUCUUGGGAACUUGUUCGACCUUCCCAAACGCUCACCUUGGAUUGGGUACCGGGACAUAUGCCAAAAAUACGGGGACUUGGUUCACUUUCAGGUUAUGGGCCGCUCCAUUCUUCUCGUAAACGACGCCAAGAUCGCUUCCGACCUGCUAGACAAGCGGUCGACGGUAAACUCCUCCCGCCCGACGUUGACGGCGGUUGAAUUGGUAGGCUGGGAGUGGAGCUUGGUGUUCAUGCCCUAUGGCCAGUGGUGGCGGCGGCACAGGCGGGCGUUCUGGCAGCACUUCCACCCGGGCGCGAUCCCCGCCUAUCGUGACGUGCUGGAGCAGGGAGCACAUCGGCUGUUGUCGCGGCUUCUCACGACGCCAGGGAAACUCGAGGAGCACCUUCGCUACGCGCUCGGGGUCGCGAUAUGCAAGGCGGCACACGGGCUGGACAUUGCUGAGCAGAACGAUGCAAGGAUGGAGAUCUUCGAGAGAGCGCUGAGGAGCGUAGACGUGCUCGUAGAUGGCGCGACGGUGCUGGAGUUCUUCCCGUUCCUGACUGCCAUUCCGACGUGGCUGCCGGGGACGAGCUUCUUACGGCGGCUAGCGGAGGAUAGGAAGAACGCUCACAUGCUCCGGGAGCUGCCUUGGAUCCAAGCGAAAGAAAUGGAUAACGGGUCGAGUUCACGCUCUAUCGCAAGCGCUAUGAUGGACAAAAUCGCGCGCCUUGAUCCCGCGAACGCAGCAGAGGAAGAAGGCGUGGCGAUGAGUGCUGCCGGGAUGGCCUACGCAGCCGGCUUAGACACGCAAUAUGCCGCUCUUCAAAGUCUGUUUCCGGCUCUAUCCCUCCAUCCUGAAGUCCAGGAGAACGCACGAGCAGAGCUGGACAGCGUCGUCGGCCCCGAUAGGCUCCCGACAUUCGAAGACCGGGACGCACUUCCUUACGUCAACGCUGUAGUGAAGGAGCUCCUGAGGUGGCAUAACGCUACGCCGCUAGGCGUCGCGCGGUGCAGCGUCGCCGAUGACGAGUACAAUGGAUACUACAUCCCUGCCGACACGACCAUAGUAGUCAACGUAUGGUCAAUCGUGCAUGAUCCGGAGCGAUACGCUGAGCCAGAUAGAUUCAUGCCCGAGCGCUACUUGAAAGACGGCAAGCUUGACUGUGACGUAACCGACCCGAAUGGAGUCAUCUUUGGGUUUGGCAGACGGAUAUGCCCGGGACGUUACUUCGCAGACGCAACGCUUUUCAUAUUCGUCGCGUGCGUUCUACACGUGUUUGACAUAACGCCACCCUUGAACGAAAACAAACACCCCAUACACAUCAAGCCUCAAGCUACCGAUGGGAUAAUUUCCUAUUUGGACGAUACCAGGUGCACGAUCAAACCGCGUUCUGCGACCGCGGAGGGACUCGUACGCCGCACAUCAAGUAACAUGAGAGCCUCUGCUUGAAGGAGAGGUGUCGUCUGGGCUCGUU